UUAGCCACCAUGGGGCUAAGAGCGGCCAGCCUCUUCCUCCUCUGGCUGGCUCUCUCCUCUGCUAAUGAAAUAAAAAAAGGAAGGACAAGAAGCCAUGGCCACUAUGUCUGCAGCACUUGGGGAAACAACCAUUUCAAGACUUUUGAUGGAGACGUCUACCAAUUCCCUGGCACUUGCGAGUAUAAUUUUGUUUCUGACUGCCGAGAGGCUUACAAGGAAUUCUCUGUCCACAUCCAGCGUGGUCUCGACAGCAAUGGCCAUCCUGAGAUCCAGUAUAUUCUGCUGAAAGUCAAGGAUAUAAUGGUCUACCUCAAACCCAACCUGGUUGUGGUGGAUGGGCGGAUUGUGAAGACACCUUACUACACCUCUGGUGUCCUCAUUGAGAGCAAUGACAUUUACACCAAGAUUUAUGCCAAAUUAGGCAUGGUUCUCAUGUGGAACCAGCAGGAUGCCCUGAUGGUGGAGCUGGACAGCAAAUUUAAUAACCAUACCUGUGGUCUCUGUGGGGAUUACAAUGGCAUUCAAAUCUACAAUGAGUUCAUCAAGGGAGAUGCAAGCUACAACUCAAUUACAUAUGGGAAUAUGCAGAAGAUCAGCAAACCCAAUUCCAAAUGUGAAGAUCCAGAUGAAACUCAGGCUCUUGCAAGCUGUAAUGAGCAUCGUGACGAGUGCCAGAGGCUGCUGACUUCCGCUGCAUUUGCUGAUUGUCGGCUGCGUCUUAAUCUGGAAAUGUACAUCCAAGCCUGCAUGCAGGACAAGUGUGCCUGCAAUGGGAAGGACGACUCCUUCUGCCUCUGCAGCACCAUCUCAGAGUAUUCCCGCCAGUGCUCACACGCAGGCGGCCGCCCGGGAGAAUGGAGGACACAGAGCUUCUGCCCCAAGACCUGUCCUGCUACCAUGGUUUAUAAAGAAAGCAGUUCCCCCUGUGUGGACACCUGCUCGCACUUGCAGAUCAGCAGCCUUUGUGAGGAGCACUACAUGGAUGGCUGUUUCUGCCCUGAAGGAACUAUGUAUGAUGAUAUCAGUGAAAAAGGCUGCAUCCCUGUUAGCCAGUGCCACUGCAAACUUGGUGGAAAGGCAUAUGCACCUGGAGAAAGCAUUUCCAAAGAAUGUGAAGAAUGCACCUGUAAUUCAGGCAGAUGGACCUGCAAAGAUCUACCCUGUCCAGGCACAUGCUCAGUGGAAGGAGGUUCCCAUUUUACCACCUUUGAUGGGAAGAAAUACACCUUCCAUGGAGACUGCUACUAUGUCUUGGCCAAGGGUACUGCAAAUGAGAGUUAUGCUCUCCUGGCAGAGCUGGCUCCCUGUGGCUCCACAGACAAACAGACCUGCUUGAAGACUGUUGUGCUGUUAGUGGAUAACAAAAAGAAUGUGGUGGUUUUCAGAUCAGAUGGCAGCGUGCUCCUGAAUGAGAUGACAGUGAAUGUGCCUCAUGUGUCAACCAGCUUCUCAGUAUUCAAGCCAUCUUCCAACUACUUUGUUGUACAAACUCCUUUUGGGCUUCAGAUGCAGAUCCAGCUGUUUAAAGUCAUGCAGCUGUUUGUGACUGUGGAUGAAUCAGUUAAAGGAAAACUUCAAGGUCUUUGUGGAAACUUCAAUGGAAUGGAAGGUGAUGACUUUAGAACAACCAGCGGGCUGAUUGAGGCUACAGGAUCUGCCUUUGCUAACACGUGGAAAGCUCAGUCCACCUGCACAGACCAGGCAGAAAAGCUGGAAGACCCCUGCAGUCUCAGCAUUGAAAGUGCAAAUUAUGCUGAGCAUUGGUGCUCAUUGCUGAGAAACCCAAAGGGUCCUUUUGCAAGAUGUCACAUAGCCAUCGAUCCUUCAGAAUACUACAAGAAAUGUAAAUAUGACACCUGCCUCUGUGAAGACAACGAAGAAUGUUUGUGUGCUGCCCUGUCCUCUUAUUCAAGAGCCUGUGCUUUCAAAGGGAUCAUACUGGGAGACUGGAGAAACAGUGUCUGCAGCAGCGAAGCAUCUUCUUGCCCAGGAAAUCAAGUCUUCCUUUACAACCUUACAAUGUGCCAGCAAACCUGUCGCUCCCUUGCUGAUGGUGAAAAGUAUUGCUUGCAAGACUUUGCUCCUGUAGAUGGCUGUGGCUGCCCACCCAAUACAUACUUGGAUAACCAGGAUAACUGUGUUGCCAUCUCCCAGUGCCCAUGUUAUUACAAGGGAUCAUACCUGGAACCUGGGCAGUAUUUCACAAAAGAUGGAGAACGCUGUGUUUGCCGAAAUGCAAAGAUCCAGUGCACUUCAGUGAAAAUAAGAAUGAAAAGUGAAAAUGAAUGUUCUUCUAGCAAGAGAUACUUUGACUGCAAUGCAUUCUCAAAGUGGACUUCACAAACACCUCUGCAACUUAGCUGCCAUACUCCUCAAACUGAUCAUUUCCAGACAGAGUGUGUCUCAGGCUGUGUGUGCCCUGAAGGUCUAUAUGAUGAUGGCAGAGGUGGCUGUGUUGAGCAAAAAGAUUGCCCGUGCAUUCACAACAAUGAGUGGUAUUCUUCUGGAGACAAGAUAAAAGUGGACUGCAACACCUGCACCUGCCAGAAAGGGGUUUGGAAAUGCACUGAUGACGUGUGCUAUGGGACUUGUAUGAUAUAUGGAAGUGGCCAUUAUAACACUUUUGAUGGGAAAUUCUAUGACUUUGAUGGGAGCUGUGAAUAUGUGGCUACUCAGGACUUCUGCGGUGACAAAAAUUCCAGCGGCUCAUUCAGUAUCAUCACAGAGAAUGUCCCUUGUGGAACUACAGGAGUCACCUGCUCAAAGGCUAUUAAAAUGUUCCUAGGGAAAACGGAACUGAAAUUGGAGAACAAAGAGUACAAAGAAAUUCAGCGAGAUGUUGGUGAUGAUGUGCAGUAUUGGAACAGGACAGUCGGCCUGUACCUGGUUAUUGAGGCUAGUAAUGGUGUGAUGCUGAUCUGGGACAAGAAGACUACUGUUUUCAUCAAGCUGAGCCCUGAUUACAAGGGCAAAGUGUGUGGUCUGUGUGGCAACUUUGAUGACAAAGCAAACAAUGACUUUACAACAAGGAGUGGACUGCAGGACAAUAAUCCUCUGAAUUUUGGAAAUUCCUGGAAGCAAUCUCCCAUGUGCCCGGAUGUCACAGAAGAGAUUAAGCCCUGUGAUCUGAAACCACACCGGAAGUCUUGGGCAGAGAAAGAAUGCAGCAUCAUCCAGAGUGAAGUCUUCAAAAUUUGUCACUCCAAGGUGGACCCCCUUCCUUACUAUGAGGCUUGUGUUCAUGAUGCCUGUUCCUGUGACAGCGGUGGGGACUGCGAGUGCUUCUGCUCUGCAGUUGCAGCGUAUGCCCAGGAGUGCAUCAAGGCUGAGGCCUGUGUUUUCUGGAGAACUCCUGAUAUCUGCCCGAUAUUCUGUGACUACUACAACCCUCGCAAUGAGUGUGACUGGCACUACGAGCCUUGUGGCAGUAAUAUCACAACCUGCAGGAUGAUCAAUAAUGUCAGCACCAACUUUACAGUACCACUACUGGAAGGUUGCUACCCCAGAUGCCCUAAGGACAAGCCUAUUUAUAAUGAAGAGACAAAGCAAUGUGUGACCGAAGAUCAAUGUGGAUGUUACCUGGAGGAUGGAACCCAUAUACUCCCUGAUCAAGAAGUACCCACAAAAGAAAACUGUACAAUAUGUGUCUGUGAUCCGUCAGGAUCCAUACAGUGCAAACCACUCCCAGGGUGUCCUUGUAUCAUCAAUGGAACAAGUUAUGAAGAGGGUGCUACUGUGGGACACGUACAGGACGGCGAGAUAUGUAUAACAUACAUUUGUGCAGCAAAUGGCUCUGUAGUUCCUGGUGAAGUCUAUCCUUGUCCAACAUCUUCACCUACAACCAUCUCAACCUCCUCCCCUCACAGUACUCUUACCACCACCACCACAGUUUCCACUACAAGCCACCCAGUCACUACAACUCCAUGCAUACUCACAGAACUAAUCUGUGAUUGGACUGAGUGGUUUGAUGUUAGUAAACCUGAAGAAGGUGGUGGUGACUAUGAAACAUAUGAUGAAAUAAGAAAACAUGGAAACAAAAUAUGUACAGCUCCUGAAAAAAUUGAAUGCAGGGCUAAGGAUAAACCUGAUGUGAGCUUAGAAGAACUUGGUCAGAAAGUAGAGUGUAACGUUAAAUAUGGGCUAAUCUGUAAAAAUGAUGAGCAAGAUGUAACUAUGUGGCCACUCUGCUAUAAUUAUGAAAUCAGAGUAAACUGUUGUGAGUGGCAGGAAGUUCCUUGUGGGCCUACAGUUACACCUACUAUACCUUCAACUGCAACCACCACCCAGACAACUAUAAGCAGCACCACUACAACCAGGACUACAACAGAAAUUACCACCAUGCCCAUACACAUCCAUUCCACAACAUCCCCAACUCCACCCACACCAAGCACACCAAAAUCGACAACCACUCCCUCCACGCCGGAGACUCCCACCACCACCAGCACCCCGACAACAACCACCACUGGACCACCAACGCCCACCUCAACUACUUCAAGCACAUCCUCACCAACACCAACAUACACCACCACCACACCAACUCCAGGCCCAACUUCAUCCACACUGAGCACACCAAAAUCGACAACCACUUCCACGUCACCGGAGACUCCCACCACCACCACCAGCCCUCCAAGCACAACAACAACAACAACCACUGUUACUGGAUCAACAACAACCAUGUCAACUCCUCAAACCCCAACUCCACCCACACCAAGCACACCAAAAUCGACAACCACUUCUACGUCACCAGAGACUCCCACGACCACCACCAGCCCUCCAAGCACAACAACCACUGUUACUGGACCACCAACACCCACCUCAACUACUUCAAGUGCAUCCUCACCAACACCAACAUACACCACCACCACACCAACUCCAGUCCCAACUUCAUCCACACCAAGCACACCAAAAUCAACGACUCCACUGACGGAGACUCCCACCUCCACCACCAGCCCUCCAAGCACAACAACCACUGUUACUGGACCACCAACACCCACCUCAACUACUUCAAGUGCAUCCUCACCAACACCAACAUACACCACCACCACACCAACUCCAGGCCCGACUUCAUCCACACUGAGCACGCCAAAAUCGACAACCACUUCCACGUCACUGGAGACUCUCACCACCACCACCAGCCCUCCAAGCACCACAACCACUGUUCCAAUUACCCCCACAACUCCUGAAAAUAUUAACACCAUAACCCCGUCGGUUCCACCCACUGAAGCACAAAAGACACCUGAACCAGAGGUGCCGACAACAGCAAGCACUCCAGUUACUCCUUCAGUUACCCCACUGCCAACAACAAGAACGACAGAAAUAAGUACAGUGUCUACUGCAAGCACCACUAGUCAAAAGUCAACAUCACCAGUGUCAACAAGCCCAGUGACAACUACCACAUCUGAAGUCACUGAAACAACAUCAACCCCCCAGACCACUACUUCAGGCCCCACACCCUCAAGAUCCACCAGCACCACACCAGUAACAGAAACAACUAUCCAUGAGACCACUACCACCAGGAUCCCAACCCCUCCAACAGGAUUCCCUACCCCCACUUCCACCCCUGGUACCACCACAACGUCGGGAACAAGCAGCAGUACAGGAACACAACCACCAGUAUCAACAACCCCAUUCACUGGAACAUCAACCCCUAAGACCACCACUUCAGGCCCCACACCCUCAAGAUCCACCAGCACCACACCAGUAACAGAAACAACUAUCCAUGAGACCACUACCACCAGGAUCCCAACCCCUCCAACAGGAUUCCCUACCCCCACUUCCACCCCUAGCACCACCACCACCUCGGGACCCAGCAGCCCUACAGUAUCAACAACCCCAUUCACUGGAACAACAUCAACCCCCAAGACCACCACUUCAAGCCCCACACCCUCAGUGUCCACUCCCCCCACCACCACAGUAGGAACAGAAACAAGUACCCCAAGGACAACCUCUGCAACUGUUACUACUCCAACAACAUCACCUACAUCAACGAGCCCUGUGUCAACCACCACUUCUGGUACUACUCCAACAGAAAGCUUUACAACCACUUCAGGAACCACCUCUAGUAGUUUUAUCACAGUCAAUGCAACAACCAGCAUCUCCACGACCUUCAAAACUCUUCCCCCUGUCUCAACUACUACAUCUGGGCCUACUGCAACAUCAACUGCAGUCACCAUUACAGGAAGUUCUACACACAGCACAACUCCUCCAGUUAAUGGUUCAACUACAGGUCUAACACCAACCACUCCCAAAAAAACUUGUACUAUUUUCCCUAAUGAAUCUUAUGAGCAAGGUGACUCAUGGAUGCUGUGUAACUGCACUAAGGUUAUAUGUAUAGAAGACAACAUUGUCCAGGUGAUUCCAAUAAUCUGCAAUCCACCUCCAAAACCCACCUGUGCCAAUGGACUGUCUCCUGUGCCAGUCAUGGAUGAGGAUGGAUGCUGUUGGCACUGGGAGUGUGAUUGCUACUGCACUGGCUGGGGAGAUCCACAUUACAUGACUUUUGAUGGACUGUACUACAGCUAUCAAGGGAAUUGUACAUAUGUCCUUGUGGAAGAGAUCAAUAAGAAAGUUGACAACUUUGGUGUCUACAUUGAUAACUACCACUGUGAUGUACGGGAUGUAGUGUCCUGUCCUCGAACGCUCGUUGUGAGACAUGAGACUCAGGAAGUGAGGCUAAGAACAGCACAGCCAAAUACUCUACAAGUAGAGGUGACAGUAAACAACCAGCUUGUGGCUUUGCCUUAUAAGAAGUUUGGUGUGAGCAUCUACGAGUCAGGCAUAAAUCGUGUUGUGGAAAUUCCUGAGCUGAAAAUGAAUGUGACCUACAAUGGCUUGUCCUUUUCUAUCAGAAUGCCCUACAGCCUGUUUGGCAACAAUACCCAGGGACAGUGUGGUACUUGCAAUAACAACACAGCAGAUGACUGCAUGCUGCCAAAUGGAAACAUUGCAGAAAACUGUGAAACCAUGGCAGAUCAUUGGCAAGUUGUUGAUCCUUCCAAACCACAGUGCUCUCCAGGCCUAGUUCCUACAAGUUCACCUAGCACAACACCAACACAGCCUUGCAAAGAAUCUUCCAUCUGCGAGCUUCUUUUGGGAAGUGUGUUCAAGCCAUGCCAUGCAUUUGUCCAGCCUGAGAAGUACUAUGCAGCCUGUGUUUUUGAUAGCUGUGUACUACCCAACCUAGACCUGGAAUGCUCAAGUCUGCAGAUCUAUGCUGCAACGUGUGCUGAUCAAGGCGCAUGCAUUGACUGGAGAAAACACACCAAUGGAGUAUGCUCUCAUGAAUGUCCUUCAGGUAAAGAAUACAGAGCAUGUGGUCCUAUUAAAGAGAUGACCUGCAAAUCAAGAGGACAGAAUGAGACAUCAACUAAACAAGUGGAAGGCUGUUUCUGUCCUAAUGGAACCAUGCUGUAUGACUCUGGUGUGGACGUCUGCGUGAAAACCUGCGGCUGUGUUGGAGUGGAUAUGAUACCAAGAGAGUUUGGAGAAAAGUUCACAGUGGACUGUCAGGACUGUAUUUGCCUGGAAGGUGAACAUGGCAUUGUAUGUGAGCCUCAUGUAUGUGAUCAAAAGAAGGUCACUUGUGAUGGAGAAGGCUUCUAUGAGGUCACUGAAGUCAAUCCUAAAGACUCCUGCUGCCCUCUUUUCACUUGCAAAUGCAAUACAAGCUUGUGCACAGCUAAAGCCCCCAAGUGUUCACUGGGAUUUGAAGUUCAUUCUUAUAUUCCCAGUGGUCAGUGCUGUCCUGUAUACCAAUGUGUUCCCAAGGGGGUUUGUGUACACGAGAAUGCUGAGUUCUUGCCCAACUCCUCAGUCUUUGUUGACAAGUGUCAGAAUUGCAUCUGCACAAAUGAUGUUAACGUCAGCACUCAGCUGAAUAUUAUCUCCUGUGAACAUGUCCCCUGCAACACAUACUGUCAACCAGGAUAUGAACUUAAACCAGUGAAAGGUGAAUGCUGUGGAAAAUGUGUGCAGACCAAGUGUAUUAUACAUACAGCAGACAAUUCUGAACUCAUCUUGAGUCCUGGAGACUUUAAAAAUGAUCCUCACAACAACUGCACCAUUUAUAGCUGUGUAGAUAUCCACGACCAGCUUAUUGCUUCCACAUCUGAGAUUACCUGUCCAGCAUUCAAUGAGGACAGCUGCAAACCUGGAACUAUUUCGUUCUUACCUAAUGGUUGUUGCAAAACAUGUGCCCCUCUGGACAGCAACACACCAUGCACUGUGCGCCACAGAAAAGACUUUAUCGUCUACAAUGGCUGCCGCUCCGUGGACAGAGUUGACAUGACUGAAUGUGAAGGAACAUGUGGAACCUUCUCACUAUACUCUGCUGAGGCCAAUUCUAUGGACCACAGCUGCUCCUGCUGCAGAGAAACAAGCACCACUGAGAAGCAAGUGGUUCUGAAAUGCCCUGGUGGGCAUGCAGUGUCACACAAGUACAUCUACGUGGAGAGCUGCAGCUGUCAAGAUACUGAAUGCAAGAGGCCCGAGUCCAAGGAAUUGCAGAAGAAUUAAGAAAAUGACAAGGCAACCACUCUGAACCGGAUCAAGAGAGCCAUCAGCUUAACAUCAAAAUGAAGGCAAAACCGCCCCCUGGCAUUAUUAACUAAAAGGACUGUGAACCAUUCUUAGCUUCCUUGACUACUUUUGCAGUUUACUUUUCCCAGUAACUGCAUCCUGUUUGUUCUCUAAUUAAUUAACUAUGUCCUAUUUAUUUGUGCACAAAAUAAGAACACAAAUUUGUAUUCUUACAAGUGCACAACCUCUUGAGUACUUUCUUAUUUUUCUCUGAAUGAUUAAAAGCACAUCUCAAAAAGCA